GGUUCAUGAACGCGCCAUGUCAACAUCGUAACUGGUGGACUUAUUAUCCUCAUCAGCUGCUCCUGCUUGCAGUCGACGCUUCCUAAUUUAUAAUAAAGUUUAUUCGAGGAUUUUUUCCAUGACAGCUUUCAAGUAACGUUAUGAUGUACAAGCUGUCGAAAGGGAGGUUCGGAUAUGUCGUUAGAAUUAUAGGAGUUAGCCAGUCACGAUGGGUUAGGCAGAAGUUAUCCAAUCAAAAUGGAAAUCCCCAGGUUUCAAGGAUUGUGAGACAUUAUGUGACCUUGCAUCCAAAUAAAGGUGGAUUGCUAAAGUUCCCAGGUCCUAAUUAUGGUGUCCCUUCAAGAGGAAUUGGGAUGAUUAUAGCCAGAGUUCUCAGAGGAGCCCUGAAAAUCCGUUACAUCAUACUAGGAGGGAGUAUUGCAGGCGGUAGUGCAUUAGCUAAAACUUACGAGCAGUGGAAAGAAGCUCUACCGGACGCAAAAUUUUUGGAAGGUCUCAUGCCUUCACAAGAAGAUUUGGAUUCUCUCAGAGAGUCCUUGAUAUCCUACCGGGACAAAAUAAAAGAUGCAAUACCUGAUUUUACUUUAGAUCCUAAACUAAAGGACCUUGGAGAAGAUAAAUUUGACCAGCUUGUUUUGUGGUUCAAAGAGCGAUUGGACGAUGCCAUUCAAGCUGCUGAAGAAGAGAAAACUGAAAAUUCCUCAUAUCUGGAUGGCGAGAUCCUUACCCUGGCCGGGUUGGCAAAUUCCCUCACGCCAAUGCUGAAAGAUUUUUCAUCUGAUCUGAAACAGCAUGCAGUAUCUUUUUCUGCAAUGGGUUCAGCUGCGGAAAAAGAGAGAGAGAAAGCAGAGCUUCUUCGCUUGCGAUUGUCUCAAGUUGAAGCAGAGCUGAAAGAAAAAACAGAGAGAUACAAUAGGGAACUCUCCAGUCUCACAAAUGAGAAUGCGGCACUUACAGGAAAAAUUGAGACUAAUGCUGGUGCUGUAAAUGAACUUCAGGAACGGAAAGCAGUUCUUGAACGUGAAAUUUCGAGUUUGCUGAAAGAAAAUGCUGGCCUUAAAGCAUCACUCAGUAAAGAGGAAAAUAUCCGAGAAAAGUAUGAAGGAUUGCAGGAGGAGCUAAUGCAGGUACAGCUCAAAUAUCAAAAGGAAGUGGAGAGACUGGAAAAGGAAAACAAAGAGCUGCGUAAAUCCCUAAUGCUCAAGGCUGGUGAUACUAUAGGUCAAAGGAAAAUAAAAAAGUCCCUUAUAGACAUGUACAGCGAAGUUCUGGAUGAGCUAUGUGAUUAUGACAGCAGUUAUGAUACUCAGGAUCACUUGCCAAGGGUGGUGGUUGUUGGGGAUCAGAGUUCAGGGAAGACUUCGGUGUUGGAGAUGGUAGCACAGGCCAGGAUCUUUCCUCGUGGUGCUGGAGAGAUGAUGACCAGGGCUCCUGUAAUGGUCACGUUGAGUGAGGGUCCAUAUCAUAUUGCAUCAUUCAAAGAUUCAACAAGAGAAUUUGAUCUUACUAAAGAGUCAGAAUUAGCAGAAUUGAGAAAGGAGGUUGAGUUGAGAAUGAGAAACAGUGUACGAUCAGGAAGAACAGUCAGUCACGAAGUCAUAUCCAUGAGCGUCAAAGGACCUGGUCUCCAAAGAAUGGUUCUGGUCGACCUGCCUGGGAUUAUAAGUACGGUGACUGUAGACCUUGCAGCUGAUACUCGUGAUGCCAUCCGAGCAAUAUCACAACAGUACAUGUCUAACCCCAAUGCGAUUAUUUUGUGUAUCCAAGAUGGAUCAGUUGAUGCUGAACGGUCCAAUGUGACAGACCUGGUUAGCCAGAUGGAUCCUCAGGGGAAGAGAACCAUCUUUGUUUUGACAAAAGUUGACCUUGCUGAAGAGAACUUGGCCAAUCCUGAUAGGAUUAGGAAGAUCCUGUCAGGAAAGCUGUUUCCUAUGAAGGCCUUAGGAUAUUUUGCAGUGGUCACUGGUAAAGGGAGCAAAGAAGAUUCUAUUCAAGAAAUAAAGGACUAUGAAGAAUCGUUUUUCAGAACUUCAAAAAUAUUCAAAGGUGGUGUUAUUAAUAGUCAUCAGUGUACAACAAGGAAUUUAAGUUUUGCGGUAUCUGAAUGCUUCUGGAAGAUGGUGCGAGACACUGUGGAACAACAAGCAGAUGCUUUCAAGGCAACACGCUUCAAUCUGGAAACAGAGUGGAAGAACAAUUUCCCAAGAACUAGGGAGCUAGACCGUGAUGAGCUGUUUGAGAAAGCACGUGGGGAAAUUCUAGAUGAAGUCGUGAAUCUCUCCCAGGUUUCCCCUAAACAGUGGGAAGAUGCUCUGUCAAAAAAAUUAUGGGAUAAAAUGGCUACACAUAUAUUUGAAAACAUUUACCUUCCAGCAGCGCAAACUGAAAACUCUGGUACUUUUAAUACAACAGCCGACAUCAAAUUGAAACAGUGGGCUGACCUAACGUUACCCAAGAAGUGUGUCGAAGUUGGAUGGGAGACACUAGAAGAAGAGUUUAGAGCCUUUAUGGAUCGCGCUAGAAACUCCAGAGAUCACGACAACAUCUUUGACAACCUCAAAGCAAGUGUUGUAGAUGAAUCCAUGAGAAGACAUGAAUGGGAAGAUAAGGCUGCUGACGUUCUUAGAGUGAUCCAGCUAAAUGCUCUAGAAGACAGGUCAGUUCAUGAUAAACAACAGUGGGAUGCUGCAUGCAAAUUUCUGGAAGACUCUGUGAAAGAAAAGUUGCUGAACAUUGAAGGAACUUUGAGGGAAAUGGUUGGUCCUGGUACCAAAGAACAAUGGAUGUACUGGUGCACUCCCACAGAGGAACAGAAGAGGAGAGCAGCAGUAAAAGGGGAACUGGAAAAAAUACUAGUCACUGAAUAUACUCACAAAAACACACUAACUUAUGAUGAAGUCACUGCGGUCCGUAAAAAUGUACAGAGCCAAGGAGUAGAGGUUGACAAUGAGUUUAUCAGAGAAACAUGGCACCCAGUAUAUCGUAGGCACUUCCUGCGGAGGUCGUUAGCAAAAGCAUAUGAUUGUCGAAAGGCAUUUUAUGCAUAUCAUCAAGGAUUAGAAGGCGAACUUGGGGUUGAAUGUAAUGACAUUGUUCUAUUCUGGAGGAUCCAGCAGAUGAUCAAGAUUACAGCUAAUGCUCUUAGACAACAAGUCAUGAACAGGGAAGCAAGAAGACUAGAAAAAGAUAUUAAAGAAGUUUUAGAAGAAUAUGGAUAUGACCCCGAAAAGAAAGAACAGCUUCUAACAGGAAGACGAGUUAUGCUUGCAGAAGAACUCAAACGAGUACGACAGAUUCAAGAGAAACUAGAGGAAUUCAUCCAUGCCUUAAAUGCAGAAAAAUGAGUAAGUUUGUAAAUGAUCAAAGUAACAAAAAUGAGUUCAUUUAUAUUUAGAACCUAUGGAAAAAGGUAAAUUUUUCCAUAACACGUAUAUUUUCUGUGGAUAGAUACUGAUGACAAAAAAUGAAAUAAGUGUUAGGAAGACCACAGUAAAGGAGCAGAAUAUUAUCAAAUGACCUCUGAAACCUCUCUGGCACACCUGGUCAUCUAUUAUCAAGGCCCAUGGGGUAGAAUUAUGCAGCAUACAUGCUGUUCAGUGUAAGAGCUCCUUCUGAAAUUUGGACUUUUAAAUGUCUGCAAUUGACUAAGGUGAGUAUUACUAUUUAUUAAUCAUUUUUAUUGAUCAAACUUUGCAUUUGAAAAGGAAGAAGAGUUGAGGAACAAUUUUUAAAAUUUGGACUGCAGAUGUAAUUUGACCUUGAAUAUGUGAAUUUGGACCUCAGAAUGUUAGAAUUGGACAAGUACUUUUGAUUGCCAUGGAAAAAGUGUAAAUUUUCUACAUUUGCAUUUGACAUAAUCUGCAUUGUUUUUUUAUUGUCUUAAAAGGCAAUGCAUUUGACCAGCAACUGUCACUUUGGUUAAAGUUUACUUAAUCAUUCGUGUCCAUUCCAAAAGCAGGCUCAUAUUUUGUCCAUUUAAUUUUGUCGUAACCAGUGCUGGAAGAAUUUGAAAAUUAAUGGUCACACUUCUAAAACCUGAAUUUUCCUGCUGGUUAUUAUUUUACAAAGAGUAGAUCCAGUUUUAUUAAAAGUAGACUAUUAAUUUAUUGUUGAUUUAAGAUUUUGGGUCAUAGGAACUACAAAUUAAACAGUUGUAUAAACUUUUAUAUGUAGGGAUCAAAUUACAAAAAGUGAGUAAAUAAAUAUCAACUUUUAAAUUAAGGGUAAUCCUUGUUCAGUUAAUGAAUCAAAUACAGCACAUGUAUAUAUACAAGUAAUCAGUUGUAGAAUAUUUGGUUAAUUUUUAUAUUUUAUGAUUGUUUCAAAAACAAUUUAAGCUUAUUGACUUACAAAACAUAAUUUACAUCUAUAGUUUUUUAAAGAACGUAGGGUAUGGUCUUAUUUUUGUGGCAUUUGUUUAGCAUUUUCAAGGUGAUGUUUGCAUAAUUCAUUCUGCUUCAGAUUACUAUUAUAAUUUUUUCAAAGCAGUAUUUACAAAAAUGUACCAUGGAGAUUACCCAUUGGUUUCAUAUAGUGUAAUGAUACUAUUGAACUUAAUUUUGAGGAACAUGAUUGUUCUAAUGACCAUGAGAGUAUCGAAUACUCAUGAUAUUUUAGAAGGCUGUGCUGCUGUUUGUCCUGUUACUAGUUUUGUAUAUUGCCUUAAUGAGGAAAUGCAUAAGUGCUAUAUUUAUAUUGUUUUGAAAUGUACUGCUGUUUCUUAUCCAUUUUUAGUCAUACUUUUAUUUUUUCUAUGAAUUCCAUGCGUAUCUGUGAAAAUAUUUAUGAAGAUUGAUCAUAUCUUUCAUAUUUAUAUUUCCUGUACUGUUUGUAAUGGAAGACUAGUCAAGCAAUGCCACUCUUUUCACAAAACAAAAUGCCCUGCAGGAGUAACUUUAGUAGUGUAAGAACUGUUAUAAUUGGAGUAAUGGUGAAACAAUGUACAUUAUUGAUGAAAAAUUUAGAGUAUGUACAGUUAUUUUUAUGCUUGUUGGAGAGCUUAUCGAGUGUGUGUAUAUACAAUAUAUUUAUAUAUAUAAACUUUUGUUGAAUUAUUUUCAAGUUGCCAUUGCUGUAGUUCAUACUUUCUAUGAUGUCUACAUGUAAUGUAGCAUUGUCGCUGGGUCUUCAUUGAUAUAUGUAAAUAUUUUAUGCUUCAUUUAGAAAUGAUAUGUUAAGGCACAGAUUUGGGAAAAACUUUGAAAACUUUCUUUAUUGCUAACUGACAUUGUUUUAAUUAGUUUUGAACUUUUAACAUGUAUGUAAUCUAGUACGUCACUGUUAUUUUCCAUGUUAUUCUUGUAACAACAUUAAAAUGAGCUUCUUUUUUAUAUGAAUGUUUGUUGAUUACUGUCAACAAACCAAUGAAUACAAAAUUACUACUUUUAACCAUUCUUACAAAUCGAGGUUGGUUUCUUAGCUUUUACAUUUGUAAUGCAUUUAAAUUAAUUUGAAAGUUUUUAAAUCCUUGUUACAUACAUUGAAAUAAUUUUCAUAAUUUGUACUUAAUAUUUCCAAAAGCUGUUUCCUUGAUGACUGUUAGAGGGAUCUUGUUUAUAGAAAGUGUAAAACUGCAUCAAGUCAAAUAUUUCUUCUUUAUACUUAACUACAGAGUGAACAAGUUUUUAUAUUCACAAAAAACUAUGCAGUUUUGUAUGUUGCGCUAUAAAUAACAGAACCUGCUCAUUAGCCAUCAUGCAGACAGCUUACUAAAUAUCAGUUACAGUUCUUGAAGAAUAUUUACCACAUAUGCAUUAAACAAGAAUUAAAAAUGCUUAAAUCAGUUGUAUAACUACAAAAGCUCCAUUGCAUGAAAAAGUGUAUUAAUAUGCAUCUGAAGAAGAAACCGAGAUUAAUGUGGAUGGGAGUGAAAUGUGCAAAAUAACAGUGCCUACUACAAUGCAAUACUAUAUCUGCUGAGGCAAUUCCAUCUUUUGACUUGUAAACAUACUUGGUAAACUACAUUUUGCUGGUGAAAGUGGCACAAAACCAUGUACAGUGUUCAUCCAGUUGUAAUAUAAUUUAUGAUUUACUCAAAACAAUGUUAAUUUUUAACCUGAGGAUUUUGUAUUAGUUAUAUAUAUAUACUGUAUUUGUUUUUUUAUAUAUGAUCAAUUGGUGUCUGAAGACCAAUAAUAACAUUAUGCUGUAGAUCUGUAAAUAUGACAGGAAGUAACUACUAGGUCUACAACCAGCUUAUCUUGGCUAUCAAGGCACAACUAUAAUUGGACAUCAGCUCUCUGUAGCAAAGUUGCCAGUCCCACUCAUCCAGUCUUCAUUGCUUGCAGUUCUUACAUUUCCAGAGAACCAGUGUUGACUUAUCCAUACCAGCAAACCUUAUUGGAAAUUCAUGUAUGGUUUUUAGAGGCUCGUUGUAUGUCAUUUGUACUUUUGAAGUGACCCUGUUACUGUUCAUGAAAGAGUAAAUAUUCAUGAAAAUUGCCAAUUGCUCCAUGAAUCACAAGGGCCAGUAGGUAAAAACUGUCUUUCUCUCAUUAGGGAAAAGUAUCAGUUAAACCAAACAAGUGAGUGAUAUUAAAAAUCCAAAGGCAGUUUUCUUAAACCAUUUUAUUAGGUCUUUUAACUAAAUAAAUACAUAUUUAUUCACUUGUAACUUUAACCUUAUGGGUUAAAGACUAUCAAUACAUCAUUUAUAGUCUUUGUAAAUACUAAAUACAUGAUGUGAAUAUCAUUAUUAUAAAUUUAUGACGCUAAUAUCAGUUUCUAUCAUGCCAUUUAUGAGUUUAGUAAUAUGCUUCAAGUUAUUUCAUGCGCCACAUUUUGGUGCAGUGUGCCGUUUGAUAACUUAGUCUUCAAUGAAACCCUUGGUCUAACACAUCUUGGUUCUGAAUGCUUCCCCUUCAGGGUACACCGAUUCAUGAGCUGUUUAUCUGUUUGAAAGGCAUUCUAUUUUGUGGAAGUUUACUGUAGCCUUGGCAAGCAAAUCUGAAAGCUACAGACUAUAUUCUAGAAACCUUUAGAUCAACAUUGCCUUGGAUUCCUUAAUGGAAGGUUGUCAAGCAUAAGAAUGAAGCAAUCAGACUUGUUGGCUGCAGAUGUAUUCAACUACAUGGUCUUUUGACUUAUUCUAUAGGAAUGUCACCACUUAAUACUAUACAUCCUAACUGCCAUGCAAUUUGUUUUCCAAACAAGGAUACUUAAAAAAAAUAAUAAUAAGCUAAUUUGCAUGUUUCAUAGACAUAUAAACCCUAAGUCUUUUAAUAGUUAUUCUUCACAAAAGUUCACUUAAG